AUGACGAAGGUCUCGUUGCGAACUGGUGACACGCAAUUCCUCGAAGGUGAAGAUUACGUGCUCCAACUACCAAGCAGAUCUAACGAUGCGUACGCCUCGAGUAAGGCUAUACAAUCUCUGAACGGACUCAGCGACUCGUGGGGUAUUACUUUGGUAUCAUGGUACAUGGCGAGGAAUGAACUAGAAUCCUUGGAAUUUGUGACAGCGAGCGUAAGGACAGUAUUGUGGAUGAUAUAUGCACCGUCGUACGGGCGUGUUGCAACUUCUGUGUGCUUCAUCCCUAGGAGGUUGCUAAGAUCUAGAAUGCUAGUGACCCAGAUUAAGUGUAAAGCAAGGAUUCGUUGA